AUGUCUGAAGCAGAGCCCCGCCGCUCGGUACGGAGUACCAAGGGCCAGCAUAAGGCCCUGGAUGCCCUCGACCAACCCCUCGAAACCAAGCGCCGCGGCAAGAAGUCAUCCAAGAAGCAGUCCGAGCCAGAGCCCGAGACCGAGGAGGACGAGCUCAUACGCUGUGUCUGCGGCGCCACCAGCCAGGAUGGCUACGCCGAGGACGAGCCAUGGAUCGGGUGUGAAGGCUGCGGCGUCUGGCAGCACAAUGUCUGCGUCGGCAUGAGCAUAUUUGGAGAGGACUUGGAGGACGUGACAUAUUACUGCGAGCAGUGCAAGCCAGAAGAGCACAAGGACCUCGUCGAGGCCAUCGCCCGCGGCGAAAGACCAUGGGAUGAGAAGCGGCGCCAGUACGAAGAGGAAAAAGCGGCCGAGGAGGACGAGAAGAAGAAGAAAAAGGGCACGAAGAAGGGCAAAAAGCGCCAGAGCGAACUGUCUCAGGAUGAUCCUAGGUCCUCCCAGAAGUCUGCCAUGUCUUCUGCGUCUCCAGCACCCGAGAAGAAGGCUUCCGGUGCAAAGACUGCAGCUGGAAAGCGCAAGGAGCGCCACGACUCGGCCGACACUACGACCACAAAAGAGCCGUCGAAGCUGCGCAAGGUCUCCGAGAGCGAGUCCGUGCCUGUUGCUGCCGACUAUGAGCCACCGAACGACCUGCCAAACGCGAUAGGUGACCUUCCCAGCGGCCGCCAAGGGUCUGCAAAAUUACUUCAGAAGGGUCUUGCGCAUGCCAUCAAUGUCUACGAGAAAGAGGGUGGAUACAAUCCCGCAGAUGGCGUCUCGAACGACUCGAGAGCGGAGCGUCUUUCCAUUGCCAUCGAGAGAGCUGUCCACGAUUCUCACCCCAAUGUUCAGGAGUACGCGAAGCAGUGCCGGACCUUGUCUGCCAAUCUCAAGAGCAACUCGGAGCUUAUUGUCAGACUGCUCAAUCACACGCUUACUCCGCCGAUGUUGGCUGUUAUGACAUCUGAUCAGCUAGCUUCGGACAAACAACAGCAGGAGACCGCUGCGGCUAGGGAACGCAGUAUGCGUCAAUCGAUCAUCGCCACCGAGGAAACGCAAACCGGGCCAAGAUACAGACGCACGCACAAGGGCGAGGAGCUGAUCGAAGGAGAUGGUUUUGCUGUGCCCAGUGAGACACCCUCGUUCCCGCAACGCCAGAUCAACCGGGAGUCCUCAGCCCAAGCCUCCAAGGCCGGAGCACCGACCCGGACCGCUGGUCCAGGUUCACAUGCCCGUACGCCAUCUGGGGAGCCCAUGAGGAUUGACACUCAGCAAUCACCCAGCAACCCCAACUUCGACAUCAACAAAGUCUUCUCUAGCGUUAAAUCCCCAACGGGUUCGCAGCGGCGUCGGCCAUCAGCUCCUGCUCCUGUUUCCUCGCAGGGCCCUGGGGACGACCCUGACGUUGAUCGACUCCUUCAAGAUGACGGGAAUGAGUCUCCUCCUUACUCGCCAACCGAAGAAACCGACCCAGAUGUCGUGUGGCGUGGAAAGGUGCAAAUGACAAACAUUGCAAACUUCCAGGCCAAGGCCAAACAUGUCGGUGGAGCAGACCUCGCAAAAACCCUGGGUAUCUCCUGGAAAACACUGGUCCCUCAGGAGCUCGUCAUUGGUGGCCGUCUAUCCGUGGGCACUGCGACCGAGUACCUCUGUGGCAUGCGGUGGAGCCCUAGUGUGGACGUUGUCGUUGCCAGCUUGACAGCAGCGUAUGAUGACGGCAAGAAAGAUUUCGACAGGAUUUACGAGUACUUCGACACUAGACAGAAAAUCGCCGUGGUCGGUGACAAGACCCUUGCAAACGUCAAGGACACGUACCUCAUCCCAGUGCCAGCGGGCACAGGGAAUCACCCCGAGUUCAUCUUGAACCUCGAGGACAAUUACUUGCCCCAGACUAGGGACGAGAACAUGUUACUCUUGGUCAUCGUCUUCCGCAAUGACAAUUCCACAAUGACCAAGCUCCAUGGCUCAGAGUGGAACAACAAAGCGGUGGCCUCGCCAUCAGCGCAGGCCAGUGCGACACCUACACCUGCGCCUUCGAACUUUGCGCACCGGAGCGCGUCGCUGUCUGGCCCAAGCUUCUCCCCAACCACGCCUCAUGUCGGCCCCGGAGGCUUCCCGCCGCCGCAACAGCCUCAGCCAACGCCGGGCCGGCCACUGACGCAAGAGGAACUCCAGCAGCAGGGCGAGGCCGUGGCUCGAGAUAUCCUUGGCGAGCACAUAUCUUGCUCGACAGUGGCUUUCAUCCUGCCUCAAGCCCACGCAAUGCAGGCAAGCGAAUGGCACAUAGUGCGUUCCAUUCUUGACAGGGAGCCCCAAGCGCGGGAUAACCUCAAGUAUCUUGGGGAACUCAUCGAAAAGGAGGGUCAGGCGAAGCAGCAACAGCAGCAACAACAGCAGCAGCAGCAACCUCAGCAAUCGGCCCCUCCUCAGCCCACCCCACCAGCGCCAUUUCCUCAACCGGGACCUCCACACCCAGCUGCGCAACAGCCGUAUGUCCAACAGCAAGGAGCUCCACCGCCAGUGGCCCCAAGUGCCUCGCCCAAGGCACCCCAGUCUGCGUCACCCCCUACUGCUACAAGACAGACCCCUAUCUCACUGCCGUCGAUUCCGGGCAUGCCAGCGUCUGUGCACCAAUCCUACCAGGCGGCUCAAGCCCAGGCUCGUGGAAGGGUGACCGAGUAG